AUGAUCCACAUAAUCCGUCUGUUUAACCCCGGGCUGGUGGGUGCGUCUCCGGGGAAGACGGUCCACGGGCUGCAGGCGCACAUCAGUGACACGGGCUUUAAUCUCGCCGUGACGGGACACAACACUUUUAACCUCCCCGGACAGACCAGGAACCUGAUCGACACGCUCCGAGGAUACGAGGGUUUGAACUUUGAGGAGGACUGGAAGCUCUUGACCAUUUUAAUGGGAAUGAACGACAUUUGUGAUUUCUGCAAAGACAAGACUCUCUUCUCUGUGGAUAACUUCAUCCAUUACAUGAGUGUUUCUCUGGAGAUGCUCAUGAACGAGGUUCCUCGUCUGAUCGUAAACGUGGUCCAGAUUCUGCCCAUGAGGAGCCUCAGGGAGGUCCAGAGGCCCAGCCCCGGCUGCCUGCUCCAGAGGUCGUUCUGCUCGUGCCUGGUGGAGCCCGUCUCUGGCUCUGCUGAGCUGAAGGAGCUGAUGGAAGUGAACCUGGAGUUUCAGUGGGGGGGUCUGAGGUUCUAA